AUGGCGUCUGAUACGACGAUAUUCGGAUUCCUGACUUAUCCAAACCCGACAUUAGAUCGGGGUGAUGAAACAAAUGUGAAUAAGACUAACACGGUUCACCACGAUUACGCGAAUCCUAAGUGGAUAGCAGAGUGGCCUGAAAUGCAAGACCUGAAAGUAUUUCGGGAAGCAUUUGGAGGCAAACUCUGGGAAGAAGCCCAUCGCGAAGGCAGAGACCUUCAACGCCCCAGGAUGUAUCCGUCAGACAAUACCGUUAUCAACGAAAUUCAGUCAACUGAGUUAUUCAACAAGUGGAACAAACAGUGUGUCAUGGAGGGCCUCCAGCCUAUUUUGGAAACAUAUCGUCCCCUCAUCUGGGCUCAUGGGCAGGAUGUGACCGGUGUCACUCUGAGCCCACCUCAACCACACCCACUAAAGACGCGAGAACAGCCCGUACGAGAUUGUUCUCCCAAAAGUGUAUACAGACGCGCAUCACUUGACAGAUUAAGGCCAGAUUCAAGCUCCAUCCCAAGCUACCCGGAUCCUCUACGCCAGGAAGAACCAGAAAACUUCCUAAAGGAAUACAAGGUAGCCGCCAAGUGGAAGAGCAGUUGGAUCAAGGAAAAACAAGUGGUCAAUGAGUCUGGAUUAUGGCUAUUCAGCACCAAUUCCACAACGUGGCCGAUCAAGCAGGCAUUUACCUAUUGCCUUAAAUAUUCGUGUCGUUACGCUUGCAUUCUUACCUCCGAAGAGCUUUUUCUCUUCCGGGUACGCCCUAUGGGUAAAGAACCUAGUACUGCCAAUCCCACGCUCUUGCGAAGGAGGAUGCAGCACAACGCAUUGUUGGAAUAUGUCUCCAUCCCGUGGAGCAACCACUGUCAAGGCGAACCGAAGGCUUACAACGAAUGGACUAUCAACCUUGCUCUAUGGUUCAUGCAUGUUGCAGCCGGCCAUAGCUCUCGUAUCCAGUGGAGUUACCCGCCCCUUGUAGAGGAGACCGCGCUUCCCUUGAAGCACUUACGUCUGCAGGGCCAAGCUCUUUCCCCUGUUGAAGAGGAUGCAGGUGAUCACUCUGGAGAAUGUACUGAAGAUAGUAGCCUGCUGUCGGGCGCUCAAUUUAGUUCCCCUCCAGGGGAGAUAUUGAGCAAAGACUCCGAAAAGGACGGCCAAGACACAAUACAAUUUAAGGGAGAGAUCAUCCUCGUCUCCAAGGGCGAGACCAUCUACAUCUCCAAGGGCAAGGUCAUCCACAUCUCCAAGAGCUAA